AUGGGCCUAUUAACAAAUCUUCAUAGGAAGGUCAUUGUUUUGGGACUAGUUCCGAAGUUUUUGAAACAACUCCCACAGGUUGCAAAAUUACUGAUGCUUAUAAGUUUAAUCAUGAUAGCUAUAAUCCCAAUGGAUGGUCAAUACAGAAGAACAUAUAUCUCAGAAAAUGCUUUAAUGCCAUCUCAAGCAUAUAGUUACUUCAGGGAAUCGGAAUGGAACAUUGUAAGAGGAUAUCGUUCUCAAAUUGAAGAGUUUGUCAAGAAUAAUGCUACAGCAAAAGAAAGAAACCUGGAGGUCGAAUCGUGGCUACAGGAUUUUGGUAUUAAGACUAGUAUAUACCAUAAUGAGGAACACCAGGAUACAUUAUAUGGUAUAUUGCACACACCAAGGGGUGAUGGUACUGAGGCUAUCGUUCUAUCCAUACCUUGGUACAAUGGUGAUGAUGAAUUUAAUGUAGGAGGUGCUGCUCUCGGUAUUGGAUUACUAAGAUAUUUUUCACGUUGGCCUGUGUGGUCGAAGAACUUGAUUAUCGUUUUCAGCGAAAAUCCACGAGAUUCUUUGAGAGCAUGGGUGGAAGCGUACCACACCUCUUUGGAUUUAACUGGUGGCUCUAUUGAAGCAGCAAUUAAUAUCGACUAUGCAAGCGAUAGUGAUUUCUUGGAUUACGUUGAGAUAUAUUACGAUGGCCUAAAUGGUGAACUUCCAAAUUUAGAUCUUCUAAAUGUUGCAAUUAAAAUUACUCAACACGAAGGGAUGAAAGUAUCGUUAAAUGGCCAACCUAAGGAUACAAUUGAUGACGAUGGAUAUUUUCCAAGAUUAAAGACGAUGUUACUAGGCAUUAGAGACUCUACAUUCGCUGGUGUCAAGAGAGUACACGGCAAUGAGGCCUUUAGUGGCUGGAGAAUUCAAGCAGUUACGUUGAAGGCAUGUGGUACUGAAGGUAAUAUCGACAUAACUUCAUUUGGCCGUGUUUCAGAGGGUAUAUUUAGAGCUGUGAAUAACCUACUGGAGAAGUUUCAUCAAUCUUUCUUCUUCUAUUUAAUACUAGCACCAAGAAAUUUUGUUUCUAUCAGUAGUUACUUACCAAGUGCAGUGAUAAUAUCUGUUGUAUAUGCAACGUUUUCCUUAGAUGCACUUGUAAAUACUCCAUUUGGUCCCCCUAUGUUUUUUAACAAAGAGAGUUUACUAUCAUUAAUGAUAUUAUCGAUUACGUUAGCCUCUUCAUAUUUCUUGUCGCAAUUAUUUAUAUAUGCGCCAAAUCCAGGAUUAUUAAUCGGACUCAACAUAUUACUGACAAUAGUACCGUAUUUCAUCAGAAAACCCGUAUCCUUUUUUAAGGAACCAUUAACCUAUAGAAUCAGAGUUUUUGGAUAUCUAUACAUGAGUUUAGUAUUGACAUCUUUGCUAGUCAUCAAUUUUCCCUUAGCAUUUAUGAUGGGUAUUCUUUCAUUCCCCAUGACAUUGGUACAGACACAACAAUCAAGAUAUAUUGCGAAUAUGUCAAUCGCAAUCAAAAAUAUGUUAUACUUGACUUUAUCCAACCCAUUUUUCGCCAUUUUAAUAGUUUCCAACGUAAUUGAUUCCGACUUAAAAUAUUUAGAUGUCUUCUAUGAUUUAAUUUUGGCAUGGAAUGAUUUAAGUUGUUGGACUUGGUUCUUAAUAUGUAUAGGUUGGUUCCCAGCUUGGUUACUUAUCGCUAUGUCCACCAUUAAAAGUUCCCAAGUGACUUCUGUAGAAGAUGAGAAGAAACAACAAUAA